CGACAAAAACAUCCUUGGUUUUGAGAAACCACAAGUAAAAGUGGUCAAGUAUUAUAACCCAGUGCGUGGAACGAACUUUCCGCGGACCAAAACCGAACGUGAAAAGCAAAGCUAAACCAAACAAAGAGGAUUAAGCCCGAGGCGAGCUGCAGGAAUAAUUUAAACAUUGUUUGCCAGCGCCUUUUAUAAGGUGUUUGACAGUCACACGCCGCCGGGAAGUCGCGAGUCGUUUGUGUGUCGGCAUGCGUGCCAGUUUGAAUUUGCAUAAAUAGCCCAUCUACCGCGAGUCCUUUUUUUGCGCGGUGUGAUUGCCAAACAUUCCGAGACCCCAAAGAGAAAGUUUCGCGUGAGAAUUUAAAUUGCACUGCAACAAUGGCAGGCUCAAGCGUUUUGCGGCCAAUACUGCUAGCCGUAGUGGUACUCCAGAUUUGCAUGGUUUCGGUUAGUGGAGCGGCCAGUGGUGGCGUAAUUCUAAGCGAUGUGAACAACAUGUUGCGCGAUGCCAGGACCAGCACAUCCGAGAAGCCCUCGCAGUCGAGACCGGAAACGGAGGCGCCGGAAUCAAGCGUGGAGCUGCUCCGCUUCGUGGAGGACGAUGAGGAUGGCGAGGACAUCAGCUCAAUGGAAUCCCCUUCGAACGGCAGGACAAUGGAGGCCAGGAAAAUGGGCGACCAGGUGCGUCUGCUGACCAAACAGCUCAGCGCCCUGAUGCUGCGUCGCCGCGAGGAUUACGAGAUGCUGGAGCACAAUCUGCGCAAAUCCCUGCGGCUCACCACCAAUGCGGCCAGCGUGGAUGACGACAUGCGCAGCGAACUGAGCCAACUGAGAGAGGAGGUUGCCCAGCUGCGUUCCUCGCAGAGCGGCAACAAGGAGCGUCUGACCGUCGAAUGGCUACAGCAGACGAUUUCCGAGAUCCGCAAACAACUGGUGGAUCUGCAGAGGACCGCCGGCAACGUGGCCAGGGAUGUACAGCAGCGCAGCUCCACCUUCGAGGACCUGGCCACCAUCCGCAGUGACUACCAGCAGCUGAAGCUCGAGCUGGCCGCCCAGCGCGAACGGCAGCAGCAGACGGAGGUCUAUGUCCAGGAGCUCCGUGAGGAGAUGCUCCAGCAGGAGCAGGACUUCCAGCACGCCCUCGUCAAGCAGCAGAAAAGGAAUCGCAAGGACGGCAGCUCGGCCAGCGUUGAGGAGGAGAGCGGCAGCCAGGAAGCCAGCCAGGAGCCAACUGGACUAGAACCCACCGCCGAUCACAAGCGUCGCCAUUGUCGUUUCCAGAGCGAACAGAUCCAUCAGUUGCAAAUGGCCCAGCGCAACCUGCGCCGGCAGGUGAACGGAUUGAGGUUCCACCACAUUGACGAGCGGGUACGCAGCAUCGAGGUGGAGCAGCACCGCAUCGCCAACGCCAACUUCAACCUGAGCAGCCAGAUCGCCUCGCUGGACAAGUUACACACCUCGAUGCUGGAGCUCCUAGAAGACGUGCAGAGUCUGCAGACCAAAAUGGACAAGAGCAUACCCGAGCUGCGGCACGAGAUCUCCAAGCUGGAGUUUGCCAAUGCCCAGAUCACCUCCGAGCAGAGUCUGAUAAGGGAGGAGGGCACCAAUGCGGCACGAUCCUUGCAGGCCAUGGCUGUGAGCGUGAGUGUCCUGCAGGAGGAGCGCGAGGGAAUGCGAAAGCUGACUGCCAACGUGGAUCAGCUGAGGACUAACGUCGAUCGCCUGCAGUCACUGGUCAACGAUGAGCUGAAGAAUAAGCUCUCCCACCUGAACAAGCCCCACAAGCGACCGCAUCACCAGAAUCUGCAACAGCAGUCGCCGCAGGUGGACGCCCCCAGCGACUCCGUCCUGGCCGAGACCCUGGUCAGCGAACUGGAGAACGUGGAGACGCAGUACGAGGCCAUCAUCAACAAGCUGCCGCACGACUGCGGCGAGGUGCACACCCAGGCGGACGGACUGCAUCUGAUUGCGCCCGCCGGCCAGCGGCAUCCGCUGAUGACGCAUUGCACCGCCGACGGCUGGACGACGGUGCAGCGUCGCUUCGACGGCAGCGCCGAUUUCAAUCGCUCGUGGGCGGACUACGCCAAGGGAUUCGGAACGCCGGGCGGUGAAUUCUGGAUUGGCAACGAGCAGCUGCACCAUCUGACACUGGACAACUGCAGCCGGCUGCUGGUGCAGAUGCAGGACAUCUACGACAACAUUUGGGUGGCCGAAUACAAGCGAUUCUACAUCUCGUCGCGGAACGAUGGCUAUCGGUUGCACAUCGCCGAGUACUCGGGCAAUGCGUCCGAUGCCUUGAACUACCAACAGGGAAUGCAAUUCUCGGCCAUCGAUGACGAUCGGGACAUCUCACAGACGCACUGUGCUGCUAACUAUGAGGGUGGCUGGUGGUUCUCUCAUUGCCAGCACGCCAAUCUCAAUGGGCGCUACAAUCUGGGCCUGACUUGGUUCGAUGCCGCUCGCAAUGAAUGGAUAGCGGUCAAGUCAAGCCGGAUGCUGGUUAAGCGCCUGCCCGCUGUCGAGUGUCUGGCGUCCGGUUCAGCUGCUGGUGAUGUUGCGCCGUUGAGCAGUGCAAAAAUAACAGCAACAACAACAACAGCAACUGCAACUGCAAAAGCAACAGCUACGGCAACAACAGCAACGCCAAUAGCAGCAGCGCCGGCGGCGAUAGCCAAUGAUAACAGUGUGGUACAGUUUGUGUCCGCCGGGCAGGCGUAAGUGAGCUGUUCCCGUUAAAAAAAGAAAAGGGAAAUACCGCUACAGUGAACCACCAUAGCCAUGCCUACUAUAGUUGGGAGUCCACUGUUUGUCUGUGGGAAGUGGAACUGGGAUCAUAGAUCUUAGAUAAGUGUAAAAAAAGAGAUGGCAACCGCCACACCCCCACAACCAUUGUAAAUACUCAGCAGAUCAGACCUAAGUUGUAGCAUUAAUCUUUCGAAUGGAGCUUACUCUGGCCUUAGAGUACCUUAGGCGUAUGCGUAAUUUAGUUGGCAACAACCAGGCCCGUUCUACCCGUAUAAAUAUUCAAUUCUUUGGUCUUUCAAGAAGAUCUCAUAGAGGCUUAAGUUUCGCGGUAGCUCAAACUAAAGCGACAGAGAGAGCAUAUCACAUAAGGAAAUGCAGAUUUAAUGUCUAGGCAUAAUCGCCACCCCUUCCCCGCCCCCAAUCUUAAAACUAAAACUAAUCUAGUUGUAAUAUGUAAGAGGCCUAAACUCGCUUAGGCUCAUCUCAGACAAAUAAUAAAUAUACAGACAGAUGCGGGGAGAAGAGAACUUCUAGCGUAAGGUCACCAUAUCAGUCAUAUGAAGUAUACAUCUACUAGUUAUAGCGUUGGUAAAUGUACUUGUAAUUGUUGUACCAUACGAUAGUGUCUACGCAUUCGUUUUCCUGCUUACUAAACGUCUGCUUCAGUCCAAAACGAAACCCAUUCCCCAUUCCCGAAUCCCCAAACCGAUGGAGUCGCAUGCCAAAGAGAUCAAGUCAGAAAUAGAUACAGAUAAUAUGCAAGUUUUUACGAAACAAGAAACUGAAAACUAUUUUCUGCAGUUUUGCAUAUACCAAAAAUAAACAAACAAACAAACAAACAAAAUGAAGUGAGCGAAGGACUAAAACCAUAAGAGCUAAAUAAAUGCAUUUAGCACAUAAGUUACGAACUAUAUUAUGUAUACAUUAAUUUUAUGUCCUCUAAGUUAAGCAAUUCAAAGAAAUGAAAAACCAGAAAGCUUGGCCCUUAGACCGGCGUAUUUUACAAUAAAUGGAUUGAUGUGAAAAGAAAAACC